CUAUCAUUCGGAACAUCUUCAGUUGACGAAAGAGAGAGAAUAAUAUCAAGGCUGUCUGUCCCGAGUUGUAAAGAAGAACGUCAGAAUACUGACUGGAGCUUCUUACGAAGCCAAUAAACAUUACAGCCCUGAGAACCUACACUAGUCUCGUAAGCAAGAAUAACAAUGAAUAAUAUUUCCAUGAAAACAAUGAUAUUCCUGGUUGCUCUUCUCCUGCUGAAAGUCUCUUUAGCACAUCCCCAGGCAAGGAUAAAACGUAGCGGAAUUUCGGACACCAGGUUAGCCGAGCUGGAAACUCAAGUGUCUUUAAAUAGACCGAGAUCAGGAUCUGUGGCUUAUGGCAUUUUUGACCCAUCUAAAAUUGGAAAAAGAACCUUCCAUCAAUUUCGACAGUUCCCAGAACCAACAGACAUAGUUUAUGAUGAUCCUGAUUAUAUCUGGAAUACUCCGAAAGACAACUAUCAACAAGAGGCGAUUAUAUUCAAAAAUCCUUUUUUGGCAGAUGGCGCUGAAUGGCUAAGUGAAAUUCUGAGUUUAGCAAAAAUCAAAACACGCCCUAAUAGUAAAAAAGAGGAUAUUGCUUAAAAUAAUCGAGAACGACGUUUAUACGAUGUGGGAAAUUGGCAAGAGACUAAUUCCACAGGUUAAAUCGCUCUCGCAUUUGGCCUUUAAAUUUUAUGUUAAACCUAAAUUGAAUAUAACCUAGUUAUUUCAUGGUUUCAGUUACAUUUGUGAUGUUUCUUGUAUCUAUAUAAUUACAGAAAUGAUCCUGAAUGAUAAACUCCAAAACAUUACGAAGUACCUCACUGUAAUAAAAAAUUUAUAGCUUGAUUAAUGUUAUCAAAAACACAAGAUAAUUUCAAACGAACCGGGAAUUUGUGUCAAAAUGUUGUAUAUUGCUUAUUUAUAUAUAUCAUUAUGUUGUUUAUUUCCACACUGUAGUGCUACGACCUAUAAAUAAAUCACGCAGAAAUAUUAGAUAAUUCUCAAAAUAUUAUUAAACAAUAUAUUUAACCACAAGGCAACCAUCUUGUCAUUUUUGUAGUUUAAAUAGUUAUGCGCUAUUAAAAUGUUUACAACAGUUACUCGCCUGUUAUAAUAGUGUAUUGGUUAUGAUUUAUCACAUUUUUCAGUAAUAUUUUCGAAAUAAGCUGUUGGCUGCUUAAAAUCGUGUAUUUAGCUCAGGAAAUCUUAACGAAUUAAAAUACAAAUUAAAAGAGUUUCAAACUGAACGAAAACGUAAAGUUUCUUGAAUGUCCUAAAACCUUUGCACUAAUAUUCCAAUAUUUGUAAAAGCAAGUAUGGGAUGACGUUAGUAGACUCUUAAAACGUGAAAUUAUGAUUGUUGUCCAAUAUAAAGCUUGGAUGUGAAGAGGACCAAGUUAGUUACUUUAAGAAAUCAUUUAACAAACUGGCCGGAACAUUAUAAAACUAGGCUGUGUAAGUGUGGGGUGUGUUUGAUGCAAAAUAUGAUUUUUAUGAUCAGAAGGUGACAAUUUUCUACCCUAUAAAAAUGAUUUUUUAUUAGUAUAAAUAUAAUUCACAGUAAAUUGAUACCAUCAGGAAUUUUCCGCUAAAGUUUAGAACAAUCUAAAUACACACUAGAUGAUUUUCCAUAAUACUUAUUUAUUUGGACUAGUUUAAAUAUGUUAAAGUUAUACUCGCUGAUAAAAAAA